UCUGAAGGUAAAGUCGACACUCAGUGUCACCCCUUAAUUGGUUUGGAACCAAGUGAUGAUCAAAGAGAGUCGACGAGUGCCGUUAAUUGGCUGUUCCUGAUUCAGGUCAAUGUAGGCGGGGCACUGAUUGUUUUCGCGCCAUCCUACACAACUGUGUGUACAUGAGUUCGGUCUAACAUUCAUGAUCUGUAACGUGAGACUGAUAAAUCAGCAUGGCUUCCAGAUCUCCCGAAAUGGACGAUUUUAUUGAGUCGCUAGACCCUGGAUUAUUGACCUAUAAGCAGGAGCUAUAUAUGAGAAGUGUUACGAACGAACGGACCCUGAAAUAUUUACGUCCGCGUGAGGUGUCUGAAAUGAGUAUACCUGAUGUGUAUAAGCGGAUGUUAACUGAACGGAUUUUGAGUUUGCAGACCCCGGAAACUAAAAAAACUAUGAAGGCAAAGACAAGCCCUUUCUGUCGGGAGGAGCGGGGUGUUGACCACCAAAAGAGAGGUGGUAAGAGAUUAUUCCCCGAUUGUGAGUUGUCGGAGAAUAAUGACAUGCCUACAAAUACACAAACUGACAAAAAUAGCGGGUUUAUCUGUCAGGAAAUAGAACGUUUAACGGAAAAUCAAAAAUCAAUAACUUUGAUUAUAACAGAAAAAAAAGAUGAACUAAAAACAAAGAAGUUGUGUCCAGUUCUUCCGAAGCCUCUCUCCAUACCCGGAUGUUGUGUGAUAAAAGUGGUCUGCGAUAAUUGUCAUCACCAAGGUCAUCGGGCAGCAGGGAAUCGUGGCAACAAAGCGUGUCCUUACAUGGCGUGUGACGGCUACUACUAUUGUGGAUUGUUGAGCAAACAUAAAGAUUUCAAGGCUGAACUUGGCGAGCUUGAAAAGGAGAUCACAGCGUUGGAAAAAUCGCUGAAAGAUGAAAGCACACAGUUGCACACGAUGAGGACGUUCUUGGCACAAAAUGCUUCAAGCUUUAUCGGAACCAUGCGCCCGAGGUUAAAGGCGAUGUUCCCCAAAAAGUACGCAAACAAAGAUGGCACACAGGUAUUGCAGAGAGAUUUACGUCUGAUCAAAACGGCCACAGGUGGAAAAAUACCGGAAAUAAUUACUCGACAUUCUAUGGAAAAGUUGAUUGCUACAGGAAAUGAUAAAAUAUCUGUUAAAUGUGGGUUUAAUGAAAAAGAAAGUGAAUUUUAUUUGUCGGAAAAUUCAGUUCCGUCUGGGUCUGGAUCAACAUUUCCUCGGACGUGGAAUCUUCCAAUGAAGUCCUCGUAUCCCUCCGAAACAUCAGCGUGGGCCCCGGGACUAUUUCCCGUUAUAUCAACCCCCACGUCACCAAGCCCUCUUCCAGUUAUUUCGACAUCAGGCGCCUGGAACUUCACACCACCAUGUCCAGGCCCACGCUCUGUUAUGCCGAUGUGGCCCCCAGGUCAGAUUGGGAUGUACGGGAAUUACACGCCCUGGUCACCAUACCGUCAAUCGUUCAGUACCACCAGCAUCGGAUUUGUAGAACCAUCAUCCACAAUUACCAGUGAGCAGGACAGUACGUCUCCUCCUCUACCUAGAGAUAUGGAAAGUGUGUACCCCCCUCUUCCGCCUAGCUAUCCAGUUAACCCACCUCUGCCUAAAGAUGAUGAAUGACUUUAAUUAUUUUUCAAUUCUGUAGGUUGUGACCAUGUCUGAGAAACAGACAAAAUAACAUUUUGGAAAUUACUGAAUGUGAGAGGUUUAAACAACCUACAGUAAUAUAAAGUUCUGCCUAAAGAUGAUUCAUCAUUUCAAUUAUCUUAUCCGUUCUGUAGGUAGUCUGAGAAACAGACAAAGUAACAUUUUAGAAAUUGCAUAGAAAUUACUAUCAAUCUGAGAGGUUUCAAACUAAUAGUAAUAUCAUAACUGAACGAAUGAAAAAACUCUACAAAUUGUUUACAACUAAAUGUAUUUUUGAGGCGGGUAUCAAUAAAUAAAGUACUACAUACCAAGAAACUUUCCUCCGUUUUUUUCUUUAAGGUAAAACAUGUAUUUUCGGUCAACCUAUGAAGAUUUUUUUUACAGUUAAUAAGUUGUGCACAAGUAAAAAAUUUAGAAUAACACUUUAAAUGAUCACAUAACACUUUUAUCGACAUAAACCAUUAUUGUGUUUUGAUUAGUUGGUCUACAGUUAUCUAUACAUUUUAUAAUGUAUAUAUAUAUACAGAUAAUAAGUUUUAAUUA